UGCCAGCAUCACUCUGCUUUAAUCAGGCUGAAGAUUCACUUUUUAUUUCCUCCAUUAUUUUUGUAGUUUUUAAUAACCCCCCCCAAACAGAAAGACAAACGUCCUCCUCAUCCCGACAGACUGUAGCUGCUUUAAACACUAACUGCCUUAUUUCCUGUGACAAUCAAUCCCACUGUUUCUAAUUGGAUGGGGGUAGCACCCUCCUCCUCCUCUUCCUCCUCCUCCUCCUCUCCUCUCCUCUCCGGGUUAUUGUCACUGACAGUCGGAUUAUUCCCGCACAGUAGCAGCCUGCUCCCUCUCAUCCUCCUCCUCUUCCUCUCCGUCCGACAAUGCGGGCACCAAGUACGGAUUUAUAAUUUCUUCAUUUCUUCUUCUCCUCUCCUCCACGAAUUGUUCCAGUGAUGUCGCCACGUCCACAGAUCUGAGCACUUUGGUUGAGUUGAAAGAAACAGUAUCAAGGAUAAAACUCACCCCUGACACCAGCUCCUAGUUCCAUCCCACUGUCCGCCCCCCCCGAACCCAACCUCCCCUCACCCCUCUCACAGCUCCAGGGCUCUCCAAGGGUUCCUCGCCGGGUUCUCCAAAGGGUUCUCUGUGGUGUUCUGGAAAGCUCCAUACGCCUCGGGGCCUCGGACCUUCAUGCGUCUCCCAGCGGCAGAGUCCACCCACACCUCCACCCACCACACCACCACCACCACUACCAUGAGCUGUGAACAGGAGUUUGGAGACGGGGCAAUGGGAGUCACGCUCACACUGCGCCUCCUCAUGCACGGAAAGGAAGUAGGAAGCAUUAUCGGCAAGAAAGGGGAAACAGUGAAGAGAAUACGAGAAGAGAGCAGCGCGAGGAUCAACAUCUCAGAGGGCUCCUGUCCAGAGAGGAUCAUCACCAUCACGGGGCAGACGGACUGUGUGUUCAGAGCCUUCACCAUGAUCACGUUCAAACUGGAGGAGGACCUGGCAGCCCUGGUAGCCAACGGCACAGUGACCAGCAAACCUCCAGUCACCUUGAGGUUGGUCAUCCCUGCCAGCCAGUGUGGCUCUCUCAUCGGCAAGGGCGGCUCGAAGAUCAAGGAGAUCAGAGAGACGACAGGUGCCCAGGUGCAGGUGGCAGGUGACCUCCUCCCCAACUCCACAGAGAGAGAGGUGACGAUAUCGGGGAACCAGGACGCCAUCAUCCAAUGUGUGAAACUCAUCUGCACUGUAAUCCUAGAGUCUCCACCAAAGGGAGCGACUAUUCCAUACCGACCCAGCCCAACCCCAGGAACUGUGCUGCUGGCAGGAAACCAGGUGUUCGAGGCGUCAGAUUUUGGCUCUCACCCCCUGUUCUCAGUGGCACAGGGAGGAGUGGACCUGCAGCAAACGUACGCAGUACAGAGUCACUACGGCAUUCCACAUUCAGAGUUAGCAAAGCUCCACCAGUUGUCAAUGCAUCAACAAGGUCUGGCCCCCAUCAACCAAUCAGCUACACAAGUUCUACCUGUUUUGCUGUAUGCGUCUCGUCAGCAGCAGCAGCAUGAAAUCUUAAAAUCGGUCAUUGGAGGAGUGGACGCCAAUUCCCAAACCACGUCUCAGGAGCUCCUCAUUCCAAACGAUCUGAUUGGCUCCAUCAUCGGUCGUCAGGGCACCAAGAUUAAUGAGAUCCGGCAGGUAUCGGGGGCUCAGAUCAAGAUCGGCAGUCAGAUCGACAGCACCAGUGACCGCCACGUCACCAUCACCGGCACACCGAUAGCCAUCAACCUGGCUCAGUACCUAAUCACUUCAUGUUUAGAGACCGCCAAAUCCACCGCCCAGUCCUCCUCCAUGCCGUCUCCCGUUGACCUGACCAUGAGCUUCACCCAGCCCGCCCCCCCUGCCUCCGCCUCGUCCUCCUCCUCCUCCCCCCUGGCAGCGAUGGGCGCCACACUGCCCCAUGCUCCCAUCCUGGGCGCUCCCUACGCCCUCCCCCUCUCCAGCCUCCUGGGGAUGAAAUCCAUCCCCUACCUGGCACUGUCCACCCCUCCUGCCUCAGCAGCGGCGGCGGCUGCUAUCGGGGCUCCCAUGUUACAGGGUUCGAUGCAGACAGCAGCGUCGGCAGGUGUUCCAGUUCAGGCUCACGCAGCGGCGGCCCUGGCUUCCUACACGGCCAAGAUCUCAUCCUCGGCCAACGGGAUGAAGAAGCCGGAGAGACAGAAGUUUGCACCGUACUAAUGAAGGAGGUGGAAUGAAAGGAUGAGUUUGCAUCACUGAGGUAGCUUCUGAGAAUGAGGAGGUGUUCAGAUGGAAGGGCAGUUUUAUUUUCCUUCUUUUAUUCUAUUUGCUUUUUACUUUAUUCUUUCUUCCUCUCCAACUUUUAUCCUUUUGUUUUUUAUUCCUUUCUUAUUCAUUGCUCAAAAAAAGUGGGAUAAUUGGAAAAUGUAUGAUUUCAGAUGUGAUGACAUGGAAGCCACUAGCAGCAACAACUCGGGCAAGGUAAAGUAGUUUACCUCAUGUAGAAUAUCUGAUUGAUUAGACCUGUUUUUAUUCAGGAAUGCACUGCUAACAAAGUCCCCCUAACUUACGGGAAAAUAUUACAUUCUUCACAAUAAAGCCUGCCACCUGAUCACCAGUGGAAAGCUUUUAAUGUGAAGGUUUAACUGCAGGAACACAGCUCUGAUACAGCUGAAUGUGAGAAUGCAGUAAACAGUAAAAUAAGGCUGGUAGUGAAAGUACAGCAACACAAGAGGGAAACUAAACUCCAAACCACAGUCAGAUAGAAGCUACAAAAGUACUGAGAGCUGAAAACAGAGAGAAAACAGAGCGCUCUCUCUAGGGAAGCCACACAAGUUGGGGGAGGCUGUUAAGGGUUGGCUCUGAUACCAAGGCGGCUUUCCCCCGCUGCGAGGCUGCAGUGGAAACAUGUCAUCACGGCUUGGCUUGACACAGUGCGGGCCUGUGGAAAAACCUUAAGAAAGAGCAACUACUGACGCUGGUUGUAAUUUCAUAUGUCGCUAAAUCUGAAAAGAAUUAGUCAUUUUCUCUGCAAACUCAUGCAGACAGACAUUACUAACUCGGAACCUGCUGCCAGAGAGCCAGACACCAUGGCUCAUGGGUAAUCAGAGAUGCAAUGAGGGAGAUGGUCAAAUUUCUGUCUAAGCUCCACAUGGGAAAAAUAAAUUAAAGAACAGAUAGAAGAUAAAGAAAUAAUACUCUCUAUCUUUACCUUGCGGGACACAAAUAACAUAUUUGUCUCAGCUUUUUCUUCCACUGCCACUCAAGGCAAUUUAAAAAAAACUAACUUUUAUGAGUGCUUUAAUCCUCAAAGCCGGGCGAGAGUGGUGAGGACGUUGUAGACUGAAAAAGAUAAAAAUAUCCAGCAGUGUCUGAUCACUUGUACUCACUCAUGAUACUGACAGUGAGUCCUAAUUAUCAGGCAGCAUGUGGGAUAUUUUUGAACUUUUAUUUCUCAUUGGUGAUUAAAAAGGUGCAAAAGUAGACAAUCCUGUACAGCCACUUCCAACAGGGGGAUGGGUCACUAUGUACCGCUACUGUGAUGCUCUAUUUUAAUGUUUGUUUAGUAUUGCUUAUCAUGUUUCUGUGCAGAUAUUCACUGGUUUAAUAAACCACUCAGGGUCGCUGACUCCUCUCUACAUCCCCUUUGUAGACAAAUGGUCCUCAACACAGCCAUAAUUCACGUGUCACAAUUUGCAUUAGCUUUUCCCUCCUUUGCAUUAUAGAUUAGAAAUGUUCCUAGACGAACCCAUGGGUGUCUUCAUGUCUCUGUCUGCAGGUUGUAGGUAUGUUGACCCGUAAGUUUAGUUCAGGGUGUGAACGAGAUCUUCUCACAGCAGAACAGACUUGAAGUUUAGCCUCGGGUUGACACCAACAAUUUUUGUUUACAAAAAUAGAAAAUUCUUACCACCCCGGGGGGCUUUAAAGAUCCAGUGUGACACAUGUAGGAGGCAUGUUUCAUUAGUGUAUAAAAAACUAACGUUGUGUGUUUGUUACCUUAGAAUGAGCAGUUUUUAUCUCCAGAGGGAACAGCUACUCUUCUACAGGAGCCCAGAACGGACAAACCAAACACUGGCUGUAGAUAGGUUACGCCAUAGUAAGACUCAACGCCACUAACUCUCACACACAUUUAAGAGCGCACCAAGGGUGAUGCAUUUUUAUUGUUGUUAUUAUUGUGUUCCUUUUAAUUGCAUCAUUAAUCACAUAAAAAAAACAUUGACUCACAAACCAAAAGGAAGAAACACAAACCAAAAGACAGACAAUACAAGCUGAGAUUUUAGAUGCAGAUUUCUUUGCAUGUCCCUCUUUGUAAUAUUUAGGAAUGAUAGUAAUUUUGGUUUUGCAACCCCACCCACUUCCAACCAGUUUGAACACAUACAGAAAGAAUUCAGUCUGUAACUUAGGCAGAACAUUGUGUUUUCAUGUAUCACUCAUAGUGAGAGAUUGAUCUUUAAUUAUGGAUCUGUGAAUCCACAAACCUGCUGAGGUCUUUUGACCUAUGUUACAUCAAUAUAUAAUAAUAUAUAUAUAUCACAUAAUUAAAUGAUGCAAGUUCAUAUGUCACAUUUACAUCAUCAUAACCUCUGGCCUUAUAUAUCUGUUGCACAUGCAGAUAAAUUGCAUGUUAUUUGGUUUGAGCAUGUGUUAAUCUUUCAGUUUAAAUGUGAUUUUUCUACUUUCUUAGAAAUGCGUCUUGAUUCCAUAAACAUUAAGAUGAGAAUGAAGUAGCUGAUAGUUAAAUAUACCGUGAAGUGUGUGUGCAGAGUGUGUGUGCAGAGACAGAAUCCAGACUGUCGUAGCAGGUCAUCAUCAUUUUCCAAUAAUCCCACUUCACGUCUCUCUCAAACGGUUUUGUUUGCGUUUUAUUUGCAUUCUUGGAGCUCUGCCCUCACUGGAGUGACUGUUUGGAGGUUUGGCUAGUGUUUGUAGCUACUGUAUGAUGAUAUUAAAGGUUAUUUGGGCCACAAAGCCUGUAAAAGCCAUAGAGACUAUUCAGCUUUUUCCCUCCUUGUCUGUUUCCUGCUCUCUUUUUGUCCCUUACUCCUUAUUCUAUUGUAUACUCUCAUAUUUAUUGACUAAUAUGAAAUAUUCCCUCAGAGAGUUUAUAUCACUGGUCACUAACACUGAGCUGAACAACUCGGCUUUUGUAUACAAUGAUGUCUACUUGUAUAUGACUACUUCCUUUCUGCUUCCUGUCUGUUUUAUUCUUUAUUUUUAGUAUUUGUUGUAUAGAGUUUUUUAAAAACACAACAGAUUUAAAGAACGUCUUUUUACGUUAACAGUCUCAACUUGUUUUUGUUCACAGUUCUCAUUUGAAAUGUGUUGUUUAAAUUAUUUUGUAACUUAUUAAGACGAGUAUUACAUUUACAGAUUUAGAAAAUUCUCUUUCCAACAUGGCUGCAGGUAAAUACUGUAAAACUGUAUCUGAGGUUGUUGUUUGUUUGUUUUUUAGUUGUGUGAACAAAAUUAACUUUUUGUGUUUUUUUUUUUCCGGGGAAAAAAAAUAAUGAUCACUGUACCAUUAAUGCUAAUAACCAGAUGUUUUUGUUAGAUAGAAGAGUAGUGUUUUCACUUGUGAGCUCAAACUGGACAUUUUACCACACACACACACACACACACACACACACACACACACACACACACACUUUCUAACUGGGGACAUGUGUUUGUAAAUGUCUGCCCUGCUUCUCCACAGAACUAGAAUCAGGUAGAAUGACCAUCUGUAAAACCUGAUGUUAUACAGGAUUUUUCAGAAUGAGUAAAUAUCACAGAUAAUUUAUAUUUUUCUGGAUUGAAUGGUGCAAAACUGUGCUGAUUCCCUGCAGCUGUGACGGCAUCUCGUACAGUGAUUCUUUAGUCAGUGCUAUUGGUCAAUAACCUUGUAAGCUGUUAGCAGAUAUAUCAGGGACACUGUGACAAUCCAUCGCUCACUCUCAGUGUAAUGGAUGGAACUGACAUUGUAUGGCAUUUUUCAGUUCAGUAAUGCAUCCCAACCACCUUAGGUAGAGGUGGUUACCCACAGCCAUUAUUAAACUGGUCACUCAUUGGUCAGAAACAGAAUACCAGUAAAGCCAGGCUCACACUUUUAGAGGAGUUGUAGAGUGGCACAAUAAGGACAAACUUAAAAAUCAUCUCAAAUGUGCACACACUACAAGAUUGGAAAAUAAGGGUGCAUCACAUUUAGUAUAUUAUUAAUAUUACUGUGCCAGAGGGAGCAAUGCACUUCCUCACUUGAUCUCAUGGGGAAGAAGAUGUUAACAAAAUGGAGACUGACGUAGCGGAACAACACCGAGUAGUAACAUUAAUGCUUUUCAGUGAGAAGGACCGACAGGAGAGGGGAUAUUGGAUGUUGAUCCCUGCUGAGUUGUGGUUGUUGUACUUAUUCUAGUUCUGUGUCCCUCCUGUGUGUGAAAGCAGAAAGCAAUGUUUCUUUUAUUUUUUAUUUUUCCAACUAAACUGAUGCUCAGCUCGGUUUACUGUCCUUGCCAGAGUGUCAGAGACUAAUGCUGCAUGUUUGCUUGGCCUCACUAACACACACACACACACACACACGCACACACACACACACACACACACACACACACACACACACACACACACACACACACACACACACACACACACACACACAUUUAUGUAAAUAAACACAAAGAUGAUCCUGAUUAGUUUAACGCACACUUACAAACCAACUGACAGAAACACACACACACACACACACACACACACAGAGACACACAGGCCUCGGUCAUUGCACUGACAGUGUGAACUAAAAGCAAUAUUAAACAGAGCCGGAUGAGUAGCUACACAGGCAGGCAAAUAUACGUGUGUGUACUUUUCAACUGUAACAAAUACAUUAAUAUUUAACUUGAUGGGUUGUCGAUGCAUAGAAUUCUCUGCUCCUUCUGUUUGUUUUUAAAAAUAAUGAUAAUGUGGCAUAUUAAACAAGCUCACUUAUUUUUAUAAAGGCAGAUAACCUCGUUGAUGAACUGAAUUGAACUGUGGACACCCGUGUUUAAUCACUCAUCUCACCCAUCCAUCCUCUCCACACUCACUCUUCAUGUCUUUGUGUUUUUGUUUCCCUCUGUUCAUUGUCCACGUGUCGUUCGUCCCAUUUGCAUGAGUCUGACUUGAAUCGAUGUCUAUGCAAAAACAUCUCUGUGUGGUUCAGCUCAGUGAUCCAUGCGUGGAGGCUGUGCUGGUGCUUGUGAAGUGCAGCUGAAAUGAAAGGGCUACAGUAGACUACGGGUCUGGCUCGCAAUGCAUCUGCCCUGAGGAUCCAUUUAUAGUUAGUUUACCAACGAGAGCAUCGAGUCCAAUACGAUAAUUGUAUUAGGUAUGGUAUUAUUGUAUUAGGUAGGUAUGUUUUCAUUUGUGUAUAAUCACCUGGAAAUAGGAAUCAGUGUGUUUUUGUUACCUUACGAUGAGAGUUUUUAUCUACAGAGGGAGCGGGUCCUCUUCUACAGAGUGAUGUCAAACACACAAGCCCAACCCUGGGACUAGGGGAGGGUGAAGCGAGAGAGAUACAAUCUGUAUUUGCACUGCUAGAUGCAUCUAAAUCCUACACACUGGUCCUUAAAUGACACCGCUGCUCAGUUAGUGUAACCAGUCCAGUUUAAGUCCAAUUCAAGUCCAAUUCAAAGAACCCAAAUACAAAUAGUUCUGACUAAAACAGCACAAAGAUUAAAGUUCAUAUGAGACCAGACACUUGCAGCGGCGUGAAUUGACCAUCUCAGCUCGCCUAAAGCCGGCUGAUGGUCUCACCUGCGACUCAGCUUGUCAAUUCUCCACUGACUGGUUUUAGUCUGGUUAGACUGGUUUUAUAAAGGCAUAUUUCAGCAGCCAAUCAGCUUGUAGCAAGGUCACCUGGUCAAGUCAGUUACAAACUGUUAGCUGGUCAUAAUGGUUUUUGACCUCAUUAAUUUGUUUGAGGAACAGCCGUGUCUGUAUGCCUAAAAUGUACUCCAAUAAAGAACGCCCAUGGACGGCUCCAAAUUCUCCACCUCUCAUUUGUUUUCACUGUUUCAUCAAUAAAAUGUAACAGUAGCUCUAUCACAAUCCUCAUUCAUAUUUUAAGAUGCUACAAAUUCUAUCCAGCUACCAAAACAAGCCUGAAAUCCCAUCAGUUAGAACAGAAGAACAGAGUCUUUGCUAUGGAAACAGCACGUCGCCUCGUCUUGUUGCACCGCUGUAAACUGGUAGCUUUUCUGAAUGUUGCAGAUCAGCUCAUCUCGUCGCCAAUGUUUGAUCUCCAAAAUCACAAGAAGACUCCAAGGAAGUCUAUUUUAAACAAAUAAAAUGCCUUUAAUGCCACAGCAUGCUCAAGCAAAGGAAGGCUAUAUGAGUUUAAAAAUGUUGUUUAAUUCAACACUUGUUAAAUCUGAACUAGUCACGCACUGCUGUUGAGAAGAAAUUAAUUCAACCUCUGGUCUGAUUUUUAAUGAACGCGUUUUAUAACUUGGGGUCUUUGUGUGCCUACAAAUACAGCACAGAAUUCCUUUAUUAACAGCAGAUUCUUCAUGAAAAUGGCCAACACAGACUGCGUCCUUCAUGGUUCUUUAGGAAAAUAAUUGUGCAGCUUCACUUCGCUCAACAUAUUUUACAACUUGUACAGGUAUCUUCGUGUGGAAACAAAAACAUGUAAAAAGAAAUGCUCUUCAGGGUAAAUGUGCUGCAAGAAUCAGACCCUCGGUACAGAAAGGAUGGAGGUUUCAGCAACACUAUACAAGACUUUAUCAAACAUAGAGAAGGAAUUUACUAUAUAAUGAUGCUCUCAUUCCAAGUUGUACUACAAAUACACAGAACAUAACUUGUACUGCAAACAGAUAAACAUCUAAAAAAUACACCCAUUCACAAUUUUCACUCUGAACCAACUGCUGAACAAAACGAGUACGGUUAUGAAUAUUGUAUUGCACUUGAACAUGAAAAAUCCAUUAUGACAAGAUUUUCUCUACUGAAUAUGAAGUACUACCAUCUGUCUGUUUUAAUUUGGACCCCCCUGUGAAGGCAGGGAGGUUUGCUCUUUGUAUAUCAGCCUGAUGUGUUUGUGAUUCUGUUUUCUUUCCAUUCAUGCCAUGUUCUAAUAAAUAAAACCCACACUGAAAACAC